GCUCCCGCCAGCUGCUGGCUGUGCCGCGCGGGGCAGGCCGCUGCCGGCCGGAGCCAGCGGGGGGGAGCCGGGGCUCGGCGCUGCGCUGGGGGCGCCCCUGGGCCUCUGCAGCCCCCGGCAUGGCUGAGGAGACGCCCCUCGCCGUGGUGACCUGCACAGCCCCCGUCAACAUCGCUGUCAUCAAGUACUGGGGGAAGCGAGAUGAAGAGCUGAUUUUACCCAUCAAUUCCUCUCUGAGCGUCACCCUGCACCAGGAUCAGCUUAAAACCACCACCACGGCCGCCAUCAGCAGAGACUUCAAAGAGGACCGGCUCUGGCUGAACGGGGAAGAGGCUGACAUCGGGCACCCGCGGCUGCAGUCCUGCCUGCGGGAGAUGCGCCGCCUGGCCAGGAAGCGGAGGGGCAGCAGUGCUGGGGCCACGGCCCCCCUCAGCCUGUCCUACAAAGUGCACGUUGCCUCGGUGAACAACUUUCCCACGGCGGCCGGCCUGGCGUCUUCAGCAGCGGGGUAUGCCUGCCUGGUGCACACCCUGGCCCGGCUGUACGGCGUGGAGGGCGAGCUCUCCGAGGUCGCCCGCCAGGGAUCGGGCAGCGCCUGCAGGAGCAUGCUUGGGGGCUUCGUGCAGUGGCUGAUGGGGGAGCGGCCCGACGGCAAGGACAGCAUUGCCCAGCAGGUGGCGCCAGAGACACACUGGCCGGAGCUCAGAGUGCUCAUCCUGGUGGUAAGCGCUGAGAAGAAACCGGUGGGCAGCACAGCUGGGAUGCAGACAAGCGUGGACACCAGCCCCUUGCUGAAGCAUCGCGCAGAGGUGGUGGUGCCGGAGCGCAUGGCCCAGAUGAUCCAGUUCAUCCAGCAGCGAGACUUUGAGGGCUUUGGCCAGCUGACCAUGAAGGACAGCAACCAGUUCCAUGCCACCUGCCUGGACACCUUCCCUCCCAUCUUCUACCUCAACGACAUCUCCCGGCUCAUCAUCGCCUUGGCCCAUCGAUUCAACGCGCACCAUGGCAAGACCAAGGUGGCCUACACCUUCGACGCUGGCCCCAAUGCCGUGGUCUUCACCUUGGCGGACACGGUGGAUGAGUUUGUGGAAGUGGUGAAGUGCAGCUUCCCUCCUGAGUCUAACGGAGACCAGUUCCUGAGGGGGCUGCCGGCCAGGCCCGCCUUGCUCUCGGAGGACCUGCUCUCAACGGUGGUGCUGGAGCCUGUUCCUGGGGCGAUCCGAUACAUCCUCCUCACCAAGCCGGGGCCAGGGCCUCAGCCUCCGGACGAUCCGAACCUCCAUCUGCUGGGAGCAGAUGGGCUUCCCCGCCUCAGUGCCUGAGCAGCCCCCAGCAGAGCAGCCGUCCGGCACCCCGCAGCCUCAGGGAGACACGCUGAGCAAAGACCCUUCCAGCCCACGAGGAGCGGGGAAUGUGGGUGGUGGCGAUGCUGUUUCAGUCGCUGGCUCUCAGAGCGGAGAGGCGUUUGGG